GACCCCAUUAGAGGAUGCCGGGCCCCCAAAAGCGGGGCUGGAGCCAUUUCCCAUCCAGAGGGUCCCGCUCUCCGCCAUGCAAAGCCCGCAGGCUGUCCUCUGGUCCUCCCAGGCGGCCGGAGAGUCCGCCAGACGUCAUGAUGGCUUUGAUGCGACUUUCCGACCGCGGCUACAGGGAGCAGCUGCUGUCCUUCUUCCAGGCCCACGAGGACGAUCUGUCCCGAGUGCUGGACGGCCCCGGCCUCGGCCCCAGGGAUGUCCAUACUCUGCUGCGGGUGGUCAAGCAUGUGCUGGAGGGGCCACCGGGAGCCCAGGAUGUCCGUCCGGUGCUGGAUCUGGUCCUGAGGCCGGCCUUCGUGCUCCGGAGCCUGCUGGGCUUCAUCGCCAGCCUGGAGACCUUCCACUGUCCGGACGGAGAGGUCUCACGGGAGGUCAUGGUGGACACGGUGGCCGCCCUCCACCACUUAUUAGAAGCUGCCCCUGAAAAGGCACAGACUUUGCUCUGCUACCCGGUGGACCUACUCUGCGCCACGGUCCAGAGGCUCCAGAGCCGCGGCCUCCUCUUUGCCUGGGUCACCCAGAAGCAGCUCAAGGACACCAAGGGGCUGUUGGACGCCGCCUUCCAAGGGUCAAGCGGGCCCAGAGGAGCUGGCCUUGAGUCUCUGGCCAACCGGGAUGACUUUUGCCUCGUCCCGGUCUUCCCCACACCGGAGGAUAUAUUCCUGGAGCCCACCGCGACGCUGAAGCCCAACCUCGUGUCUGGCAGGUACAAGAGUGACCGGUCCUACCUGGACACUCACUUCCGGCUCUUGCGGGAGGACCUGGUCAAGCCCUUGCGGGACGGUAUCUCCUCACGCUUCACCCUCCGCAGUCUCUUUUCCAACUCACAGAAGCCGCCCAGUGAGCUGCGCCUCUACCGCAAUGUCCAGCUGUCCAGUGUGGGCUACUCCCCAGCUGGUGUGACCUUCCAGGCCACCUUCCAGGGCAAGUCAGGCUCGGCAGCUACUAAGUCCCUGCUGAGCGGUUCGCUGGUGUGCCUGCUCUCCGAAGACGAUGACGGCCAGGUGCUCUUUGGGACAGUGGCCGGAUCCCGCCACCACGAAGGGUCUGUGUGGCUGGACAUCAAGCAGAGUCACACCAGGCUCCUGCGUCUCCUGGGCCGAGCCACCUUCACCAUGGCCGAGUCGCCCGCUUUCUUCGAGUCCUACCGGCACGUUCUGGAGGGCCUGAAGGAGAUGGAGGCUGAGCCGGUGCCCUUCCGGAAGUACCUGGUUAAGUGCCGACGGAAGGUCUCCCCACCAGCGUACCUGCAAGAGGAGGAGAAGGAAGGGGCAGGGCUGGUGACCUUUGACCUCAGUGCCCUGCAUCCCCCCAAGGACAAACCCACUUCCACCAAGGAUCUUGCAAAAGUUGGCUCCCCAUCAUCUCCUGAGGCCAGUGCAGACCAUCCCAAGGCGGAGGGGUUGCUGUUGGACCUGUCAUCCGUGAGCCCCCUUUGCCCCCAGCUGUGGAGGCCAGAGACCUUUCCCCACCUGGACGAGAGCCAGGUCAAUGCUGUCCGGACAGCCCUCGGCUCCGAGUUUGUGCUGAUCCAGGGCCCACCUGGGACAGGGAAAACGUUCAUUGGACUGAAGAUUCUGCAGAUUCUGCUGGACAACGAGAGUCUCUGGAACAAGGCAAACACUCCCUGCCUGGUGGUCUGCUACACCAACCAUGCGCUGGACCAGUUCCUGGAAGGGGUGCUGGACUUCCUGCUGAUGGGGGUCGUGCGCAUCGGGGGCCGGAGCAAGAGCCAGAGGGUCAGCGACACCUGCGCUUUGAGGAAUCUGCGCCAAAGGCAGCCCCACUACCUGCGCCCCAGCAGGGACCGACAGCGCUUUGCACAGAUAAAGGAGGACCUGGGACAGCAAAAGUCAAACAUCGAUUUCUGCACAGAGGUGCUGCAGCUGCUGCGGAGAGGGGUGCUGACCGAGCGGGAGCUGGAGCUUGAGAUCGGCAAGGACCACCUCUGGAUCCCCCAGGGUUCGAUGUUGCGUUGGCUGAAGCUCUUCCCCCCAGAAGUGAACAGGAAGCAGCCUCCAAGACGGCAGGAAAACAGCAGGAAAAUGGCAGCUGGACCCUCCUCCCAAUUCAACAACGCAGAACUUUUCCAGCCUCACCGGGACGAGCGGUUCCUGGACGACGAUUACGACGAGGCCGAGGCGGAAAGGCGAGGGGCUUCAAACAGCCCCAAGGAGAAGUUUGCCUACAUUGUGCCAGAGGAGGAAAGCGCCCAUAAGAAAUGGCUUCUGGCAUGUUUGGCGAACGAGGACACCAUGACCAACGAGGAGGUUGCAGAGAUUGAGGACAGCAGGAAUGUCCAGCCCAAUGACCGCUGGCGCCUCUACCGGAGAUGGUUGGCAGCCUAUGAAAACGAGCUGAAGGCCAGCUUGGUGGAGAUGCUGGCCAAGUACGAGAAGGACGCGGCUGAGCUGCAAGAGCUGACCUUCCAGGAAGACCUGAGGAUCCUCAGGGGCAGCCGGGUCAUUGGGAUGACCACCACAGGGGCUGCCAAAUACAGGAAGCUGCUGCAGUGCAUCCGUCCCCGGAUCGUGAUGGUGGAAGAGGCAGCCGAGAUCCUGGAGGCCCACGUCCUCACCUCCCUGACGCCCUCCUGCCAGCACCUCAUCCUCAUCGGAGACCACCAGCAGCUGCGGCCAAAGCCGGCUGACUAUACCUUGGAGAAGAAGUACCACCUGGGCGUCUCCCUCUUCGAGCGGAUGAUCAACAACCACCUGCCGCAUGUGCAGCUCCUCUACCAGCAUCGCAUGCGGCCAGAGAUCUCCCAGCUGCUGGUGCCUUUCUUCUACAAGGAACUGCGCGACCACCAGGUCGUCCUGCAAUACGAAAGCAUCAAGGGCAUGGAAAAGAACGUCUUCUUCGUGCAGCACAGAGAGGAAGAGAGCCACAGCGCCGACUCCGAGAGCUACAGCAACAGGCACGAAGCCGCCUUCCUGGCCUCGCUGACCGGCUACCUCCUCAAGCAAGGCUACGGCCGUAGCCAGAUCACCAUCCUCACCCCAUACCACGGGCAAGUGGUGAGAGUCCGCACGCUGCUGCGCCACCAAGGGAUGGAGGACGUGGCCGUCCACGCCGUGGAUGACUUCCAAGGAGAGGAAAAUGACAUCGUUCUCCUCUCGCUGGUGCGGAGCAACAGCCAAGGGAAGAUCGGCUUCCUCAAGGACAAGAACAGGCUGUGCGUGGCCCUCUCGCGAGCCAAGAAGGGCUUCUACUGCCUCGGCAACCUGGACGUUCUCUCGGCCGGCAGCAGCCUCUGGAAGGAGAUCUCUGGCCUGCUGAAGAGCAAAGCCCUUCUUGGGGAGGAGCUCACGCUGAUGUGCCAAAACCACCCUGAAACCAAGACGGCAGUGAAAGCGAGUGCGGACUUCAAGGCGCUCCCAGACGGAGGCUGCGCGCUCAAGUGCCAGACGCGGCUGGAGUGCGGCCACCCUUGCACGCGCCGCUGCCACCCCUUAGACCAGGACCACCGCCUCUACCGUUGCACCUUCCCGUGCAGCAGAGUCCUCUGCGAGCGGAAGCACAAGUGCCCCAAGAAGUGUAAGGAGGAGUGCAGACUCUGCGAGGUUAAAGUGGAGAAGGUCGUCCCUAAGUGCGGCCACAGCCAAGCCAUGCCCUGCCAUCUUCCUCCUGAGGUCUGGGUUUGUCAGGAGCACUGCCAGAAAGCAUUGGAAUGCGGCCACUUGUGCAAACUGAAGUGUGGAAUGAACUGCCAAGUCGCUUCCUGCAAGGAGACAGUGCAAGUCACCCUGCCGUGCUCCCACGUGGCUGAGACAGAGUGCUUCCGGCAGAAGAUGCCCUUGCCGUGCCAGGAGAAGUGUUUGCAGAAACUGGACUGUGGCCACAUUUGCCAGGGAAGCUGCCACCAAUGCAUUGGGGGCCGUGUGCAUGCCACUUGCCGGCAGAAGUGCACCCGAGUGCUGCUCUGCUCCCACACGUGCCAGGGCUCCUGCUCUGAGAAUUGCCCCCCGUGUAAAAAGAUGUGCCGCAACCGGUGCCCACACAGCCGCUGCAGUAAGACAUGCGGGGAGUUCUGCUUCCGCUGCGUGCAACGUUGCAGUUGGCGGUGCAAGCACCAUCAGUGCACACAGAUGUGCUGGGAGAUCUGCAACCGUCCCCGGUGCGACCGGCCCUGCAAGAAGAUCCUGCGGUGCAAGCACCCCUGCGUGGGUCUCUGUGGGGAGCCAUGUCCCCCAAAAUGCCGGGUGUGCCACCGGAAUGAGCUGGCAGAGAUUUUCUUUGGAAAGGAAGACGAGCCGGAGUCUCGCUUUGUUGUCUUAAAGGAGUGUGGGCAUAUCUUUGAGGUGCGGGGUCUGGACCGAUGGAUGGAAGGGAACGGAGACAACGAGUUCCAAGCCAAGCCAGUCCAGCAGAAGGUGUGCCCCAAGUGCUCGACGCCCAUCCAGAGCAACCCGCGUUACAGCAACGUCAUCAAAGCAACGCAGCAAGGGAUCGCGGACAUCAAGCGGAGGAUGUUCGGCAGCCGGGAGCAGCUCCAGUUUGGCCGGGCGGCCUUACUGAGCAAGCUGAUUGUGAUGCCACCACACAACCGCUAUUUCAGGAAGGAGGCUCUGAAGAGGGAGAUCGAGGCGGCUGCUUCUCUCCAGAGUCUCAGGGACUGCGAAAGCACCGUGCGGCUCCUGUUGUGCCUCCAGCGGCUGAGGGACCGAGCAACACACUGCACAGAUGAGCAGGGAAGGCGCCUUGUGGGUGCAGCGGAGGCACUGGAGUCCUGGUUGCACCGAAGGCAACGGGGAGACGCCUUCGCGGCCCAGCAGCUCAGAGAGUGCCGGAACGAGGUGAAAAGGCUCUCGUACCUGGCCAACGUCUUCGAGCGCCUGACCAUCUACGGGGGGAAACAAAUGCCGUCCUCUUCCACGGCAACAAAGGCUGCCGACAAAGCCUUGAGCCUCCUCACUGGACCACAGCCCUUCACCGAAGCCCAAGAAGGGGCUCUCCUGCCCGUACUGGAGACUCUGGACCAUCUGAUGCCGGCUUCAGGGCCACGACUCUCCCAGGCAGAGAAAGUCUCCAUUGAAGAGGCCAUGCGUUUUGGCCGAGGGCAAUGGUACAUGUGUCCCAAUGGCCAUUUCUACAGCGUGGGGCAGUGUGGGCGGCCAGUGGAAGAGAGCCAGUGCCCCGAAUGUAGGGCUACCAUCGGUGGGCGGAAGAAAAGGGUUCAUGCGGGCAACGUUACAGCCAGCCUAACCCUGGAGACUGGCAAUGGAGGAAAAGAGGUGGAAGGGAGGCCCCUCAGCAGUAUCGGUGACUUGGUUGGUCUCUCAGACCUUCUUCCCCCAUCCAUCUAUGCCACUGACCACUCUCCUGCUGGUCUGGACACUCCAUCACAAGCCAAUGACAGCCAAAGGGAGGGCAGUGGUCAGCUGCCAGACCUUCUGAUCCCAGCAUCAUCCUGCCAUCCAUAUGGUUCUCCUCUCGACAAGGUGGCAAAAGGCACCACUCCAAGUGGGGCCCAGCAGGAGGGCUCUGGGGAGGUUGCCAUGGAAGAGACUCCUUCCUUGGAACAAGUUAAUGCAUAUUCCCCGGAAACAACAUCACAGGACCACCAUGAACCCAUGGAACAAGACAAUUCAUUGUCCCCUCAAGCCUGUACCACAAUGGACCCUUUGGAAAUAAAGGAGGAAGACAUCUCAUGGUCCCCUCAGGCCUGCACUGAACAUACCACAAUGGACCUCCUUGAACCCAAGGAGUGA